AUGUUAUCCCUCAACAUUCCAUCCUAUUCAAAACCAUCAGGAUACCAGCUUUCCGAGCUCCCCAAGCCAGAAAUCAGCAGUGCAAAUGAAGUUAUCGUCAAGGUUCAUGCCGCGAGUAUCAAUCCUAUCGAUGUCAAGAGGGCAAGCGGAGACCUCAAAGCAGUGGUGAAAGACAGCUUUCCGUUCAAAAUUGGCUACGAUGUUUCUGGCGUAAUUGCCGAGACUGGGGAAGACGUUACCAAAUUUCAGGUCGGAGAUGCAGUCUAUAUCAGGUUACCUGAGAUUAAUCGAGGAUCAUGCAGCGAAUUUGUGAAAUGUGCUGAAGAUCAGAUUGGGCUGAAGCCCCCUGCGCUAUCUUUCGAAGAAGCAGCCUCGAUUCCUUUAGCGGGCAUGACUGCUAUUCAGGCCCUCAGCAAAUACGGCGAUCUCACCGGAAAGACUGUGUUCGUACCUGCUGGAUUAAGUGGAACUGGUCUCUUUGCUUGUCAACUCGCAAAACAUGUAUUCCAUGCAGGCAAAAUAAUCACCACGGUCUCAACAGCCAAAGUCCCCAAAAUCAAGGAGCUUCUAGGCGAAGGCACAGUUGAUGAAAUUAUCGACUACACAAAAUCCGACCCAAGAGAUGUUAUCGAAAAAGGCUCCGUGGAUUUCCUUUUUGACACGGUCGGUCUUGCAAUGCAGUAUCUCUGUCUCAUGAAGCCCAAAUCAGGCCACAUCGUAUCAGUCUCCACCACACCUUCAGCAGAGGUAAUGCAGAAUUCAUCAUUGAUGAGAAUGGACAACAAACCCACUAUCCCGAUACCUGUUCGAAUUGUCUUGAAUCUGAUGGAUUCUGUGCGCAAUUUCAGAGCAAGUCGCUAUGGGGUUCGGUAUGAGUAUAUGAUUCUGGAAUCGAGUGGGACUUGUUUGGACGAAUUGAGGUCAUAUGUUGAAGAGGGAAAAGUGAAGACUGUUGUGGGGAGUACUGCUGAGCUUCGUGACUUGGAUGCUGUGCGGAAGGGUUGUCAGGUUAUUUUUGAUGGGGCUGGUGGUCUUGGGAAGUUCGUUAUCAAGGUUUCUGAGUGA